AUGACAUUCAAGUUGUACAUAGUAUUAUACUCAGGCUUUGGUCAUAUGGUGCAAAUCGGGUAUGACCUCCUAGUAGCAGUGCAGUUGUGGAAACACGCUCGGGGGGUUCAUAUGUGGCUGGCUCGGUGGCACAAAGACCGAGACUCGGAGAACGAGCGGAUGGAGGGGUUCAAGUGCAAUCCUGGUUCUGUCCGCACCGGGACCCGCGUCAUUCAUUUUCCCACGCUCCAGUCUUUCCAGAAGCGAAAUCAAUGGAAGCGUGAGGUAAAGCAGAGCACCGCAUUGCUAUUCUACAACACCACCGCCUUUUUGAUCGCAACCAAAUUUGGCGUAUUGUCCAUGAUCCUAUCUCGCCUUUCAAUCCGACCACGAUUACAACAACUGAUCCAACACUUUUCGCACCCAUCUACUAGUACCACAGCCACACCACGAGCGUACGCAACCAUGGUCGACCAGUCGAAAUGGAAGUUCAACCACACCAUGCUGCGGGUGAAGGACCCGAAGCGCUCGAUCGAAUAUUACAAUCUGCUCGGGUUGAGUCUGAUCAACAAGCUGGAGUUUCCCGAGAACAAAUUCGACCUAUACUUUUUGGCUUACGACGGUCCCAAGUCAGCAUCUCCCGGCUCUCACUGGACCGACCGUGAAGGCGUGCUCGAGCUAACGCACAACUACGGAACCGAAACCGACGAAAACUUCACCGUGAACAACGGCAACAAGGAACCACACAAAGGGUUCGGCCACAUCUGCGUCAGCGUGGACAACAUCCAAGCCGCAUGCCAGCGGAUCGAAGAUGCGGGCUACAAGUUCCAGAAGAAACUCACAGACGGGCGGAUGCGGAGCAUUGCCUUUGCGCUCGACCCGGACGGGUACUGGGUGGAAAUCAUAGGGCAGAAAAACGUCGACGAGACCAAAGACAUUACGACCACCGACACCUCGGCGUACAGGCUCAACCACACCAUGAUCCGGGUCAAGGACCCCGAAAAAUCGCUGCGUUUCUACCAGGACGUUCUGGGCAUGACGUUGCUGCGCACCUCGGAACAAAAAGAGGCGGGAUUCACUCUGUACUUUUUGGGAUAUCCGGGAGACUUUCAGGUUCCCAAACCUGAAGAUACGCCUAAUGGGGUCAACCCCUUGGCGAACAAGGAGGGUCUUCUUGAGUUGACUUGGAAUUAUGGUACUGAGAAGCAAGAAGGAAAGGUUUAUCAUAAUGGGAAUGAUCAGCCUCAGGGGUUUGGGCAUAUUUGUAUCAGUGUCGAUGAUCUGGAAGAGGCGUGCAAGUUCAUGGAUGAGAAGAAGGUUAAUUGGAAGAAGAGGUUGACGGAUGGCCGGAUGAAGAAUGUCGCUUUUGUGCUGGACCCGGAUGAGUAUUGGGUUGAGGUUAUUCAGAAUGAGAAGUUGAAGAAGACUACGGAUUGGUAG